AUGUGGCUGACACAGGCGUGCUAUAAAGCCAAGUCGCUGGCGCAGAUGUUCCGCAAGUUGAAGUUGGCCGGUGCGCACCCCGAUGUACUGUGGGGCAUCGAUGCGCAAAAAGCGCAGCAUAACGGUGAGGAAAUGAUUCGGCUGGAAACCCUCAUGCACGAGCGGGCAAGCCAGGCGCCGGGAUCACCCUCCUCCAACACCAGCGGCCGCAGCCGCGACAACGUACCACAGUUCUUUCUCUUCUGGCUGCAGCUCAAUCGUGGGUCAGCCAUGCCCGGUGGCAAAGCGGCAGCGGCGGGGCUGAAGGCGGUCGAGUGCACUAUCACACCUUAUUCAGACAGCCGCAUUGUGAAGCAGCAACUGACGAAGCUCUUCGUCGACGCCGGCAUCUACGAAGACUUCGAACUUAACAGUGAUGGGGUGGAGUUGAACCUCGAGUCGGUGCUGCGCUACGCCGAUGAAAAGCAGAACGAGCACCUCAUUCAGUCCGGCUCUCUCUACAUACGCGGCGACAAGGCAGUAGAGAAUCUACGCCGCUUCAGCGUCCUGCUAGUAGUGGAGGAAGACGGGAUGAGCUACCUCGUAUCGCUGCCGGAGACGCAGUCCGUACAGCCAACCGGAGCGGGCCAAUACACGACUAGCGUCGGCGGUGGUGGUGGCGGCAGCACAGCACCGUACUUGCCGUCCAAGGCGAUCAUCGGCCCCAAUGGGGAGGUGGAUGCGGAUGUGCAGGACUUCAUGACAGAGCGGGGUCUGCGCCCCUUUGACCUGCGCAUGGCCGGCAGCCACUCCUCUGUCGAACGCUUCGUCGUCGCCUUUGAGCGGAUCGAGCGCAUGUUCGAGGUACACCGCGGCCGUGCGUUCCGUCCGUCCAUAUGCAUCGUCCUCAGUCUCACGUCGCUCGAUAACUUCGUUGCGCCAGACGGCUCGAUCGUGCUGUCGGUGCAGCGCAUGCCCGCGUGGGAGGAGUUUCUGCUCAGCCUGCCGCAGCCCGUCUGGCAGGAGUGCGUGCAAAAGCAUCAAGAGUGGCGCGUCGGCUUUGCACCGAAGCUGCAGGAGCGCAAGCGCCAGCUCACACGCGUGGCGGACAUGUUCCACGUGUACCGGGUAACGAUGGAGUCCCCAAUUGCCGGCCGCACGCAGUGGCAAGACGACCUGAUCGCUCGGUUUAUGAAGGAAGAGACAACCAUACGUCGCGCCGUGGCCAAGUACAACCUCAAGUCUGACUUGCUCAAGAAACGCGGUGAGAUACGUAUUGUGGAGCACCUCUACAGUGCCCUGCCGGGCUCGACAAUGCCAGCGACCACCGCCGCCGGGGCGCGGAAGGAGAUCGGCUUCCGCAUUGGCGGCGACGGUCGAGUCACAUUCAACCACUCCAUCAUGAACACAGGGCAGAUGCUCCGCGUGCUUAAGGACAACCUUAAGCGUGUGGAAACCUUUCAGCGCCAGCACGACAGCGCGAUCAUGGCGCUCGAGCAUGUCAGUCGCCACAUCCCGGUGGACUUCAGCGUCGACACAGAGUGGAAAUACCGGGCGGAGGGCAAUCUCGUCUUGUACCUGGAGCGCUUCGCGCGCACUAUCAAGGAAAACGAAGUGCAGCUCGUCACAUUUCUGCACUCCAUCAUGGAUGGCAGGGUAGGGAUGUCGGAUGCUGGCAAGGUGGCGUUGCCAGCCAAAAUGCCGGUAAAGAAGCGAAUGGUGUGGAUUGUGUCGGACCGCUUCUACACGCUUCCCAGCGGCGUUGUUUUCAUCCCAUUUGAUGUCGACUUUGACUCUAUCAAGCGCCUUCUGCUCACCCGUCAGUGA